AUGUUAACCUGCAAACGCCCUGUAGUCUUCGUUGGAUACUGGCCUGCUCAAGAUAGUAUCAUUGUGGCACACGAAGGAACAAACCCUUUUCAAUUUCUCUCUCUCCUCGUGGACGCGGAAUUCUCACAUGAACCCCUUGACCCCACUCUAUUUCCUGACGUUCCAUCCAGCGUUCUCGUCCAUGCAGGUUUUGGUAACGCACAUAAAGCAACCGCAAUUUCUAUCCUAGCAGAAGUCAAAAGGCUUAUAGCACAAACAUCUUCAAAGAAUGUCGUAACUAUUGGACACUCGCUCGGGGGAGCGUUGGCCGAACUCGACGCGUUAUUUUUAACGCUGAAUCUACCAUCCACAAUCAAAGUCAAAGGCGUUACGUACGGAACCCCGCGCGUUGGCAAUGCCCCUUUUGCGCAGCUUUUAGAUUUCAAGGUCGAUCUCUAUCCAAUCCCCAUCGUACCACCUCCAUUCCUAAAUUAUCAUCACCCGAGUGGCGAAAUUCACAUUGACGCACACAAUAAUGCUGUCUCUUGCCCAGGCGCCGAUAAUACCGCUGACUCUGAAUGCUCAAAUCAGGUGGUGAGAAAUGUCGCACAGGGAAAUAUACUCGAUCAUCUUGGGCCAUACGCUGGGAUAUAUGUUGGAAUUCAAUCCUGCAUCCUUUAG